AUGGCCGCUCCUGUGGCAGCAUCAGUGAACGCUCGUGACCCAUGGCUCAUUGCCAGGAACCGCUUCAUUGAUCAACUUGAUCCUGCAGAGCAGGCGCUGUUUAACGAAGCUACACCAGAAAAUCUUUACUACAAAUCCAGCAAUAUCCAGAAGGCCGAUCAGAAAAAUAGCAAAACUCGAGCGAUUUUGAAGUCUCUCGAGCCUUUGACGAAAUCCAUCCAAGAUUAUGGUGCGGCAAUGGAUACUUUCACCAACAUUGCGCCUUUAUAUCUUGCUCCAAUAUGGGGAAGUAUUCGUGUUAUACUUGUCCUGGCUAGCAGCCAAGGAAAGUUCUAUGAUCGAAUAAUAGACACUUUUGCUCGCGUGGGAGAUAUACUUCCACGUUUGCGCGAAUAUCAAGCGAUUUUUGACCAUGAAAAGCAUCCGAAAUUUACGCAAACUUUGUCAGCAGCGUAUCUCGACAUAAUUGUUCUUUGUUCAAAUUUCAAAAAUAUAUUGACCGGGCAAAAAUCUUCCUUCGUCAAGCGUUUAAGGUCUCCCUUGUCUACAUCUCUUGGAGCGCAACUUGACAAUGCUGUGCAGACAUUUAGAGAGCACCGUAAAGCGGUUGAGAGUGAAGCUAAGAUGUGCCAUUAUAUCGAAGCGAAGGAGUCUAGAGAGCUUGAAUUGAGAGAAAGAAUGCGGAGCAAAGAACAAGAACGAAGAGACAGACUACGAAGGAUCAUCUCCCAGAUGGCCGCAGUUGAUUGCAGAAACAAGCAUCGUCGACUGCAGAAGAUACGGCAUAGUGGGACCGGGAGUUGGCUGGCCGGUGUGGCUGACUAUAGGAAUUGGCAAAACCAGAACAAAUCUUCUGUCAUGUCAUGUUAUGCUGGAUCCGGCAAAUCGGUUUUGGUUUCGAGCCUUAUAGACGGCUCUAAAUUGGCAUUCCCUGCCGAUACUGCCAUUUCCUAUUAUUAUUGCGACUAUGCCGACAAGAGGACACUUUCCCCGAGUGGUCUUUUUGGUUUCAUCUCUCAGAAGUUGUUUCGUGACAUGAAUGAAAUUCCUGAAGCUUUAAUAGCUAUCCUCGAGGCUGAAUAUCCAGACGAGGCAACAUCACCUAGCCUAGAUCAAAUAGUCGCCUUGCUGAUAAAGGCUAUAGAUGAGCUAUCAAGUGUGGCUAUUUUUAUUGAUGGUCUAGACGAACUGCCUGAGUCCGAUCGGAAGCUUACUUUCUCAAUCUUGAAAAAGAUCGUCAAUGAGGCAACAUCGCCAGUCAAAUUAUUUGUUUCCAGUCGCGAGGAUGUUACUUAUCUUUUUCGAACUUCGUCCGAUCUCAACACUUUCAAAGUGCACCUUCAAACGAAUUCUAUCUCUCCAGACAUCGAGGCGUAUAUAAAACAUACUAUCGAUGAGCUGAUCAUGUCUGGCGACCUAGUGCUGGGUAACUUGGCUCUUAAAGAUGAUAUUUUCAAUGUUCUCAGAGAUGGUGCAAAAGGAAUGUUUCUUUGGGUCCAAUUCCAGCUUGAGGAACUCUGUCGCAUGGAAACGGAUGCAACAAUAGUAAAAGCUCUACAGAAUCUUCCUCGCAAUCUUGAAGAGACUUAUGACAGACUUCUUGGACGGAUCAUCGAGAUCGAAAGGCGUGAAUUUGUGAAAAGGAUGUUUGACUGGAUUAUUUGCUCAUGCAGACCAUUGCACAUGGAUGAGCUCCGGGAAGCCAUAGCUUUCACUGUUGGCGAUAAAUCAUGGGAUUCUACGAAAAUACCCAAUGAUCUUCGAAGAUUGAUUAGAGCUUGCGGAAAUCUUAUUAUGAUUGAUGAAGAAACCCUCGAGGUUCAUCUUGCCCACUAUACAGUUGAACAGUAUAUCCUCCAUUCGCAAAAUUCCGAGUUGGCAUACUUUCACACCACAAGGGAAGAGUCAAAUAGAGCACUGGGUGUGACAUGUGUGACUUAUUUAUCUUUCACUGAUCUCGAAGCACAAGUCACAGUAUACCACAAUACUAUCAGUCCAAACAUGACGAUGUUACAGGACGCCGUUACCACCCAGUCUUUGAUACCUAGGGCUUCACAGUCGUCAAAUUUUCCAGUCAAAGCCGCCAAAGCUGCUUUGAUGGUUCAGAAAUUCAAGAAGGAUCAUGAAAGUAACAUCGAUUAUUCUCGGCAUAUUCAAAUUCGAAAAAAAGAAAUGGCCAACCAGCAGUUUUUCGACAAGUACCGGUUGAUCGGUUAUUUGAAAGAAAAUUGGCUUUCGCACACUAAAGAUUUCACACUGGAUACUUUUGGAGAGAUAGGAGAAUUAUUCAGAAAAUUGCUCUUUACCAAACAACUCACCUUCUCAUUUAAGCCCUGGGAGAGGCUUUCCUUCAGGGAUCGUGACGAGAUUGCGCCUCUAUGUUGGGCCAUAGCCGAAGACAACCUACCAUUACUGAGGGAACUCUUAGUGAAUGAUAGAAGGAUCUUUGAUCACAUCAGUGAAGCAUGUUCGUUGUUCUGGAGCACCAUAGGAUAUCACAAAAAGGAGGGGGGCCGACAAGGAAUCGACAUACCAGACAAAAGUCUCAUGGUAUUGGAUUAUUAUUCCCCCGAAAACAUAUCUUCGAAACUACACUGUCUUUUUUGGCUCUAUGGCGGGAUGAUUAUGGCCUGUCGCCGAGGAAAUGGCCAACUCCUAGAUAUAUGUGUUGAGUUUAUUGAUCAAAGAAAAAUGCCCUACUUUACCGGAGCUCUGGGACAACCAACAUUAAGAUCACUUGUGCUUUCGCAUCUCUGCCUAGAAGCCACAAUUCAUGGACACCUGAUGCUCAUACAAAGUUUCCAAGCAGAUGUGUACUUUCCACUAAGUUUAUCUUACGAGUACAAAGGAACUUACUUCAACUCCCUGGAACGAGCAAUGACUCUUCCGUGUGAUGAAAUAAUUGAUUCCCUAUUGAAGAAACAUUUUCCAGUGUCGUACAAGGCCAAGCUUACUGCUCUUCAAAAUACAAAUCUAAAAGCUCUUAUUGAGUCCGGUGAUUCUAGAAAAUUGAAUCGUCUUCUUCAAUUUCUGUUCAAGAGUGAUGGAGAGAGUUGGAGCUCGCAUCCAUUCUUUGGGAUUCAUGACCAGUCAUAUAUGCAAGAUGUCAGAAAAUAUAAGCACAACGCUAUCUCUACCGCAGCGUCUUUGGGUUUUUGUCAUCAUCUCAAAAUGAUACUUCAACUUCAAUCCGCAAGUACCUAUGCCGAAGAUAUUAUUGAGAGAAACAUAGCUUUUCUGGCAGCUAUAAAUUCCUCGCACUCUCAUAUCGUUUCCUGGUUACUGUUUUCUGAUAUACAUAAAAACAGCUAUUACUGGCUGGAGCCCAUACCUGCUGAAGUCUACGAUCAGGGGUCAAAGAGCAUGUCUAUAACGAAUUAUGCUACUGAUUUGCAAGAGAUCUCAGAAAAAUUUAGGCUCUUCGUCAUUGAUGCAAUUUCUAAUGCUUGUGUCACAGCUGAUUCAAUUUCAAGCUUAUCUAUCUUCGAACGGCAUAAUUGGAUCUUGACAAGAGCAAUUGCCCAAAAUAAGCCUGAACAGGUCAUUGUCUUCGGAGGUCGUAAGUAUUUCAACCAUGAAUACGAAUGCUUAGCUUCAGACUUGCCAGAUCUGCCACAGGAAGUUGAGGAGUAUAUUUGGCCAAAUAGCCAUGACCAUGAAAAGCCUAAAGCGACCGUUCCGUUGAUAUGGGCUGUCAUCUACAAUCAACCCCAGGUUGUGAAAGCCCUGCUUUCGGAGCCACUCCUGAGUUGUGAUUACUACGUAAUUAAAGCUGCCACAACAUGUGCUAUUAUGAUGGAUUCUGUGGAAAUGGUUAUGCUGCUCGAGCCGGUCCUAACAAUUAAAAAUUAUGACCCGAAUACAUUGGAAGAGGGGAACUUCUUCUUUACAAACCGCGACCUACUCGACCGUGUCUUUGCACAAGGCAGGUACUACGGAGCGAACCCUCAUCUGAAAGUUGCACGCUACAUAAAAUCUUGGGGCCAUGAUCACCGAAAGAAUCCGGGCUCUCAUUCUCAAAGAAUGAGAUUACUCCAAGAGUAUCUAGAAGCAACAGUGAUCGCGGAUGAUGAUGCUUUUGACAAUUUUAAAUCAGCACAAACAAUAAACACUCCUUCGGAUGAGACAAUAUAA